UGCGCACGGGCACUGCGGCGGGCGGGUGCGGUGGCGAGUCGGGACGCGGGGCGGCACGUAGCGGGGUUCUCGGCCGCCCCGCGAGCCCAUGUAUGCCUUCUAUUCGCUGCUCAUCUAUAUCUUCUACAGCCUCUUCCGCAGGGAUGGCGGGGCGGCGGCAGCUGCGGACCCCGGGGACCCCGCUCAGAGAGCCGGAUGCAAGCCCAGGAGUCGUCGUCAUCCCGAUCGGCUGUCGUCGGAACUGUGGACCGAGCUGACCGGCCUGGCCGGCUGCUCCGACUCUGGGGAUGGCCUGGAAGCGCGAGCUGAGGGCCGUCCAGCCGAGGUUUCCCUGGAAGAAGCUCUCCUGCGCCUUGCCGAGUUCCUUUCCGUCCAGCUGGGGGCAGAGGAGGGCGGUGAAAAUCCUCCCAACUUGGACAAGCCUGGUGAGGUCCCUCCACUAUUGACCUUGACCAGUCAGCUCUUGGCCCUUCUAACAUGGAUUCAGAGCCCCAGAGGAAGGCAGGCUCUGCUUCAGGGAACUCAGCCAACCUCACCAGUGCAGCUCCCCACCCUAGAUGGAUCUCUGUCACCAGAAGAAAGCCCUUCCUAUCCCACACCUAUCCUCAAUGAAGUACCAAGGGGUGAGGCCCAAGGAUGGAGGCCUUCCCAGUUGGGGGAAGAUCAGGGGGCUUGGCAGCGGCUGGAGCAGCUCAUCCUUGGACAGCUGGAAGAGCUGAGGCAGCAGCUGGAGCAGCAGGAGGAGGAGCUGGGCCGACUGCGCUUGGGAGUGGGGGCAACAGAUUCAGAAAAACGGGUUCAGCAUCUCACAUUGGAGAAUGAGGCCUUAAAGCAAAGCUUGAGCCUCACUCGAGACCUCCUGUUACACUGGGGCCCCAGCCCUGCUACCAGGCCCUCACAGCUCCCACCCUCCUGCAGGAGGAGGCAGAGGCUCUGUUGGAGCUCCAGGGCCGGCUGCAGGAGGCCCAAGACACCACAGAAGCCCUCCGAGUCCAGCUGGGAGUGCAGGAGGUGCAGCUGCAGGGCCUUCGAGGGGCCCUUCAGCAGCUCCAGCAGGAGACAGAGCAGAACUGCAGACGGGAGCUGCAGCAGGUGCAUGGGCAGCUGGCAGGUAAGGGCUGGGGGGAGAGGGCUUGUGGAACGCCCUCUGGGCAUUUGGGCUUUCCUUCUCAACAUCCAUCCUCCUCCAGGACUUCGAGCACGGAUGGCCAGCCUUCGUCAGGGCUGUGGGGACCUCCGAGGACUGGUCAGCACCUUUACCCAAAGCUGCCAGGGUUCUCUGAGUGAGGCCCAAGGCCAGGUGUCCUGGGCCUUGGGGGCACUGUCAUCUGAAAGGGCUGUGUCUCAGCAUCCUGAGGGGCAUCAGAGGCCCCCAACUGGAUGCCCAGGGCGUCUGUUGGAGCUUAAGGGCAAUAUCCGAGUCCUGUGUCGUCUGAGGCCGGGAACAUCCUCUAGCCUGAUGAACCUAGAGCCUGGACCUGGUGGCUCCAUCACCACUUGCUAUAGAGGGCGCCAGCGUCGCUUCUGCCUGGACUGGGUCUUCCCUCCAGAUGCCAGCCAGGAGGAGGUGUUCAGUCAACUAGAGCCAGCUGUGCUGUCCUGCCUCAGAGGCUACAGUGUCUGCAUCUUCACCUAUGGUCAGACUGGGUCUGGGAAAACCUACAGCAUGGAGGGCCCACCUGAGGACCCUGGCAUUGCCCCUAGGGCGCUGCAGUCCCUGUUCCAGGAAAUGGAGACUGGAGGCCAGCACCGAGUGACCCUCAGCAUGGUGGAGAUCUACAAUGAGGCAGUCAGGGACCUCCUGGCCCCAGGGCCUCCGGAACGCCUGGUGCUGAGGCAGGGGGCAGGAGGCCACGGGGGAAUCCAGGUGGCAGGUCUCACUCACUGGGAUGUGCCUGACCUAAAGACCCUACACCAGAUGCUGAGUUUGGGGAGGAGCAACCGGGCCACCGCUGCAACCGCUAUGAACCAGCAUAGCUCCCGCUCCCACGCCCUGGUCACGCUCAGGUUGUGCUCCACGGCUUCUCCCUGUGCCCCGGGCACUGCAGGCACGCUGCACCUGGUGGACCUGGCGGGAUCCGAGCGCGCAUGGAAAGUGGCGGCCGCAAGCACGUCCCGGGGAGACCCGAACGGCCCACGGCGCCUGCGAGAGGCGCAGACUAUCAACCGCUCGCUGCUGGCCCUCGGAGGUGUGAUGGCUGCCCUGCGGGCUCGGCGGCCCCACGUGCCCUUCCGAGACUCGAAGCUCACGCGCCUGCUGCAGCCGGCGCUCGGCCCGGGAACCACCGCAGUGCUGCUCCUGCAGAUCUCCACGCGGCCGGAAGACCUCGGGGAGACCGUCUGCUCACUCAAGUUUGCCGAGCGAGUGGGUCAAGUGGAGCUGGGUCCCGCCCGACGCCACAGUGCCCGGGGCUCUGCGACUCCUUCCUCCCUUAGUACCGACACCCCACUCACUGGAACGCCCUGCACUCCUACGCCAUCACCCGGCAGCCCUGCAAGCCACAGCCUCGGCAGUUGCUCUGGCUUGGAUCUCUCUGCCCCGGGGAGCUUGCCUCCCUAGUCCUGGGUAGAAGCCCUGCCUGGGGUGGCAGGGGCCGGGGAAGCUCCUCUGCUGGCAGAGGCAAUAGAAAAGUUCCUGCACCCACCCCAUCCUCUCAGUAACCUCCUUGACCCCUGGGGAUCUAUUGUUCCCUCCCAGGUCCAGUGGUCUCCUGCUUCUUAGCCAGCAGAGUUAUGUCUGGAGAAAUAAUUGCCCCCUCCCCCCAGCUGGCUAGAGCCCUCAGCUCUCCUUAUCACCAUUUGCCUGUUAUCACAGCCCACAGCAGGAGAUCCUAGAGCUGCAGGAACCAGAACUCAGACUCUGGCCAAGUGGUUUCCCAAGUCAAGAUCCCCUGCCCCCAAAUCAGACUUGAAAUUAAAAUGCUGUAAAUUCC